ACAGUUGGACUUUGCCCUCUGGGCACAGAGACACUUCAACAGAAGCCUGGCAGAGUGUGUCAGUGCUGUACAGCUCUCAGCAAGAUGAGCUCCACCAAGGUCUGUUUUUGUGUUUGUGACGGGGUUGUGUGUAACCAGUUUGGUUGGAGCAAACCCAGUGGAGCUGAUGCCCCGUCAGACAGCAGCCAAGCAACAGGGGGCCGCUGUUCUUUUUUAUGUUGCCUACCAGGGCAGUCUAAGAGAUAUCCAGAUCAACCCAAUCGUCUUCAACCAGGUGGUGGUGAACCAGGGCUCAGCUUACGACAAUGACACCGGCAUGUUCACUGCGCCGGUCUCUGGCAUAUACCAGUUUGUGUUUGCUGCCCAGCUCUGCCGCGGAGACCACAACAACAUGUGGAACCUAAUGGUCAAUGGGGACCGGAGGAUGGCCUGCUAUGCUCAGGUGUCUGGUCUGGACACAACCCUCAACACGUGCUACUAUAUGGAGGAACUGAAGAAGGGUGACAAGGUGUGGGUGAAGCAGAAUGUGGGGAGUUGCGCCUGGGCUAGCACUACCUCCAAAACCAUCACCUUCUCCGGUGUCCUGCUGGCGAGUGAGGGUGUGUCCACGCUGGGAGGGAAGUAUGGCUCUGGCAGCUCCUGUCCACUGCCCAGCCUGGGCCGCAACAGGGACAUGGUGUCCAGCUCUGUAGGCCGGAGGGCAUCUUUGUCUUGUGUGACUGUCACUCUGCUGCUCUGCUGUCUCAUCCUGGAUUAAUCACGGCCAAGUUAAAGACACCAGGGAUCUCUCACUCAAAACAAUGUGACCUGAUGAAUGUAAGUCCAAGAUUCACUCUCUUUCUAUCUUUGUUUCGGUUUUCACGACGGUUCAAUUACGGCAUAGUUCCGGCGCCGCCGGAGGUUCCGCCGGAUGUCACUCACUUUCUGCUUUCUUUGCGUUAACUCUGAACUCUCUGAGCAACGUUCCACGCUGAAAAGGCAAGUUUGAAGGAAAAUUUGGAUUGUGAAACAAGGCAGGCCUGCUUGGUUCUUUCGGGGAAUGAUUGUAAAGAUUUACAAAGAAUAUGUUUACGACAUUUCCUCUGUAACUGGGAUGUUUUGGGACCGAUUGUUGGAAUUUGCUGUGGACGAGAUACACACGGCAAUACAGUGGUAAGAGCAAAUGAGGUUUAACCAUGUAUCCAGCUAAUUUAAAUAGCUCACGUUGCUGUAUAGUAUGAACAGUUAACUUCAUUUAAUAUUGUAUGUGGCGUUUUAUUUUGCGGGGUGCAAAUGUUGCACCAAAACAAGUUCCUUCCCUAGCCUAUUUUGCAGAGUCACCAUCGCUGCCUCCGGAGCUUAGCGCCGCAUAAGACGACUGUGUUUGGCUAGAAGAAAUGCAAAAAAAACCUGACCGUUUUUUUUCUCCCUAUCCUGGAGUUUAUGCUCCUGUAGCCAGACCUUCCUCCGCAGCGCUGUGGAGAUAGGUCUGGCAAUGCCAGACUAGGCUUUCACCAAAUCCUGAAAACAUAUCUGGCUCUAAUAUCAUAGAAAUACUGAUUAAUACAGCUUUAAUAUUUGGGUUUAAAAGCCCCAUGAUGCUUUUGUUUUCAUAUUUCAGUUACUGUGUUGAUGUUGCAUGUGUGCAUUUUCUAUUCAAAUCUUGGGUGAAAUAAA